CAUACAGCGAAUGGGCCGAGAAACAAGAUCAUAUCUGGUCCAGCGUUAUCUUUGGCAUGAGAGAGGGAGAUUAGUAGCCUUUGUUGCAUUUGUGAUGCAUUGAAAAGGGUGCCUUCUUUAUGGACGAUUGAUUGCAAUAUAUAUAUAUAUAUAUAUGCAAAGUAAGGAAGACAUCACACGUGCGGGAGUUAGUUAGCGAGCUGAUCUUCCCCAGCGGGUAGUUGACUGCCCUGCUCUUUCCAUCUCUUCACUCUACUACCCAAGCCCGACUGAAGACCUAAGAGCUCUACUCUGUGCCGAGAGCUCUAAGCCCCGUCACACUACUCAGGUUGGAAGAGCCGUAACCCAGCCAGUGGAGGGGUCAUCAUAAUCACCAUGACUCAGAGUCCCGUCCAUGGCUGCUCUGUCUGUGUGGCCCAGCUGACAGUCUUCCUCGCCCUGCUGUUGUGUCCCCUGGGGAGAGCACUCGGCGAAGACCAGGCUUCUCCGGCCCAGGUGCUGCAGGGCCUGUUGGAGCGAUAUGGGGACAAUGCCACCAUCUCUGUUCCCCAGCUUCGCUCUUUGUUGGCACGACUCGGUGCACCCGGCCUGGGGGACAACGGCACCGUAGCCGAGGCCACAGCUCCACCGGCGCCGCCCAGAGUCAACCUGUCCAAAUGCUUACCUGGAGACACCCUGGCAGUUUACAGUAUGAACGAGCAGUCUCGUCUGGAUGGGCGUGGUCUACAGGAGCUCUGCCCCACCAUGCUUCAGCAAUUGGACUCUGGCGCAUGUGGGGUGGAGAAAAAGGAGGAGCUUAUCAUAGACCCGCCUUCCAAACCCACUGCUGCUGAAGUUUGGGGUUAUGGCUUCCUGUGUGUGACCUUCAUUUCUCUGUGUUCGCUGGUUGGGGCCAGUGUGGUCCCCUUCAUGAGGAAAACCUUUUACAAGCGUCUGCUGCUCUACUUCAUAGCCCUGGCCAUUGGCACCCUCUACUCCAACGCCCUGUUUCAGCUCAUCCCAGAGGCAUUUGGUUUUAACCCUAUGGUGGACAACUAUGUGUCUAAGUCCACGGUGGUGUUCGGAGGGUUCUACCUCUUCUUCUUCACUGAGAAGGUCCUCAAGAUGCUGCUCAAACCCAAGGAUAAGGGCCAUGACCACAGCCAUUUCCCAGCCAACGGAGACAUGGAAGAGGGCGUGACAGAGAAGCUGCAGCAGAGUGGAGAGGCGGGGCUUAACCUGCCCAAAGUGGACGGAGGAGAGGGGGACCGCAUGCUCACCCCUGCACUGACACCACCGGACUCUCAGAGCCUGGGUGGAGGGAACAGCAGAGGAGGCUGCUAUUGGCUGAAGGGUACAGCAUACUCUGACAUCGGCACUCUGGCCUGGAUGAUCACGUUGAGCGACGGGCUCCAUAACUUCAUCGACGGCCUGGCCAUCGGAGCCUCCUUCACUGCCUCGACCUUCCAGGGCAUCAGCACCUCCGUGGCUAUACUCUGUGAGGAGUUUCCCCAUGAACUGGGAGACUUUGUGAUCUUGUUGAAUGCUGGGAUGAGCAUCCAGCAGGCUCUGUUCUUUAACUUCCUGUCUGCCUGCUGCUGCUACCUGGGCAUGGGUUUUGGCAUCCUGGCAGGAAACAGCUUCUCACCUCAAUGGAUCUUUGCCCUGGCAGGGGGCAUGUUCCUCUACAUCGCCCUGGCAGACAUGUUCCCGGAGAUGAACGAGGUGAGUCGUGAGGAGGAGGAGGCAGGGGGAAGCAGCUUCCUUGUGACCUUCAUCAUCCAGAACGCGGGCCUCCUAACCGGCUUUGCCAUCAUGCUGCUACUGACCACCUACUCUGGAGCCAUCACUAUAGACUAGCAUUAGUAUUCACACAACUACACCCUGUCGGUUUUAACCAGAUCCAACCGCUUUCAACUGUAAUGAUUCCUUUUGGAGCUGAAUGGAAAUGCCCGCCCCUCCCUCCCCAGGCUCCCUCCCCAGGCCCCAUUUUGCCCCCCGAUUCUCCCUCAGGACUUUAGAGACCCAGGGCUUCGGUACUAGUGCGGCAGGAACGCACCCUAUAAGACUUAAGCAGUUCCCAAAUGCAGUAGCUACUAGUACACUGGCAGGGGAACAGGCCUCCCUCAUUUCUCUUGGGCCUUUUCUGACCCCCCUAGUAUACUGGCAGGGGAACUGCCCUCCCUCAUCUCUCUUGGGCCUUCUCUGACCCCCCUAGUACACUGACAGGGGUACCACCCUCCCUCAUCUCUCUUGGGCCUUCUCUGACCCCCCUAGUACACUGGCAGGGGAACAGGCCUCCCUCAUCUCUCUUGGGCCUUCUCUGACCCCCCUAGUAUACUGGCAGGGGAACUGCCCUCCCUCAUCUUUCUUGGGCCUUCUCUGACCCCUCUAGUACACUGACAGGGGUACCACCCUCCCUCAUCUCUCUUGGGCCUUCUCUGACCCCCCUAGUACACUGACAGGGGUACCACCCUCCCUCAUCUCUCUUGGGCCUUCUCUGACCCCCCUAGUACACUGACAGGGGUACCACCCUCCCUCAUCUCUCUUGGGCCUUCUCUGACCACCCUAGUACACUGACAGGGGUACCACCCUCCCUCAUCUCUCUUGGGCCUUCUCUGACCCCCCUAGUACACUGACAGGGGUACCACCCUCCCUCAUCUCUCUUGGGCCUUCUCUGACCAGCCCCCCCCUUGCCAGCUAGGUGACUAGCCUAGAGAUCCCUUUCCCUUCUGUUCUAUGCCACCUGCAGGGACAGGAACGGGUCAUAGGCAGGGGGGUAGGACCCCCAUAUUAUCUCCUAUGCUGAUGACCAACAGACAUGCAAUAUCUACAAACCAUUUAUUCAAACACAGUUCAUAUAUAAACUAUAACUAGGUAUAAAUAAAGUUAUUUAAUCAAACACUUCCUUGUUCCCCAGACUACUGAGAGACCAUUUCGGCUCUACAAAGACUCUUGCUGUUGUCAUGGAGAUCAUUCUGUCAUUGGUUAGUUUGGACAUGCAUGAUGAUCGUCGAGUUGGACAUUUUGAGCAACCAGGGGUGUAUUCAUUAUGGAAACCGUUUGAGAACCAAACAGAGCAAAUGGAACGAAAUGGUAAGGAACCUACCAGAAUUUGUCCAAUAGAAACGGUUGUUUGGUUUCUGUUGCAAAACAUUUUUGCAACAGAAUCAGCGUAAUGAUUACACCCCAGGGUCCAGUGACUUGGAAAUAGUGUAUUUAUGUUACCCAUAUGCCUCUGAGUGCCCAUGGGCCAAACUACGGUGGCCUGCGCAGCACAAUCAGGUAAUAGCAGUUGUAUUGUAGACAUCCUUGGACCUUUUUUCAUUGUCAGAGUGCAAACCCUUUUUUCAUUACAUACCAAAAAGAAAGUGUUCCAUAUAUAUAUAUAUGACACACAGAUCAACUGGAAAGUUGAGCAAGCCGCCGUGAAGAAGAUCAAAUACUUUCCCCAACAUAGGACUGAUGUGUCUGUUAUGUUUUACUUCAGGAGGAACCAGACAAAUGCAACACGUGUGAAUUUUUAACCACAACAUGUGGACAGACAGACCGUUUAUGAUGGACUCCACUGGGACUUUGUAGCUUGGGACAAGAACCUCCUCUGAUUUGUAGCUUUCUGUCCUGGUUUCCUCGGUUGACAUUGUUCUCUACUAAGAUCCCUUGCAAAAAGCUCCCUAUUAUAGUACACUUCCUAAAAUAAGGUUUUCUGUAGGGAAUAGAGUGCCAUUUUGGACAAAGCCUAUGUUUGAUGGAUGGACGGACUAUGGUGGCACCUGAAGCCACGGUCUAUUUCUCCCAAUCAGUUCCCCCAUCUAGCUAACCAUCUGUGCCCUUCAUAUGUCGUUGACCUGAUUUUUCUAAGACUCCAUUCCUUAUCCAUGCCGUUGUCAUUUUGAGAUAACGUCUAUUGUUGUAUUAUUUGUAUGUAAUGAAUGAAUGUUUAGAAUCAAAGACACACUUAAAGGAGGAGUUCACUAUUUUACAAGAUAAUGUUGAGAUGGUUCCUCACCCUGAACAUAGUCAAUGGGCCAGGAGAAACUGUAACCCAUGGUUCAGUUUUCUUUAAACAGCCACAACAAACGUCAGCUUUUACCCCACCGCUGGCUAAACAUCGAUAGAAGUGAUGGGCAGCUAUUAAAAAGUCAAAUGUCCAAAUCGCCCAAAAUCAAUUAUAUAUUUUGUUUGCUGUAACUUUAAAGUGAUUUGGCCUUUAAAAAAUUAAAAAAAACAUGCUCACAGCUCCAAUCACUUCCAUAGAUGUUUAGCUAGCGGUGGCCAAAGUUGGUAAUGGCUGUUUAAUGAAAACCAAAUGUUUUAUUUAACUAGGCAAGUCAGUUAAGAACAAAUUAUUGGGCCUCCCGAGUGGCGCAAGACACUGCAUCGCUGUGCCACAUGAGAUUCUGGGUUCAGGCUCUGUCGCAGCCGGCCGCGAUAGGGAGACCCAUGGUGCUGUGCACAAUUGCGCCAGCGCUGUUAGGGUAAAGGUUUGGCCGGCAGGGAUGUCCUUGUCCCAUCGCGCACUAGCGACCCCUGUGGCGGGCCGGGCACAGUGCACCCUGACACAUUAAUGCGGCUGGCUAACGAGGAGUUAAAUGGGCAUUGUGUCAAGAAGCAGUGCAGGUUGUGUUGGGAGAGGCGGUCAAGAGCUGCGCGUUCUCCGAAACACAACCAAGCUGCUUCUUGACAACAAUGCCCAUUUAACGAGGAAGUCAGCCGCAUCAAUGUGUCGGAGAAAACACCGUGUCCGGGUGCACUCCUGCGCCAUAGACUACUUUUAGAGUGAGGAACCAUCUCACAAAAAGUUGUAAAAUACUGAACUACUCAAUUUUUAAUAUGUUUUUGUCCUUAUCCAACACCCUAUAGAAACCAUCUCACUCCUUCAGUGACGUGAGGGUGUCAUUCAUGUAGCAAUGCCCAAACCACAUGGUUGAAUCUGUAAGGCUUGCCAUGUUUUAGCCUGUAAUGAAUAUUCAGCUUCUACAAUGUCAAUGGUUGAUUAGAUCAGUGAGUUAUGAAGUACAUAUUAUAAUAUAAUACGUAUUAUAUUAGUGCUGUGGUCAUGACAGUGCUAUAGGGUUAUAUAACAGUUGAUACGAAGAGAAGUUAUAAGUUAAGUUGUUAUAGCUUUGCCACCAGGGACCGGUGUGGUAGUAACAAAAAUGUGCUGUGACAUGAGGUCAACAAAACUGUAAGACCGUGAUGAUGCAGGACGAGUGAGCUUCCUUAGUCUCGACAGAUUUUAGUUGGAGAGAAUGAAUUGUACCAUUUAGCAAAUGCAAUUGUGUGUAAUAUUAUAAGUGACCCCUAGAGGGAGACACUGCCUCUGAAAUGAAUCGGCAUAAAGCGGUGGGGGAUAUUUCCCAACCUUCAUUGAAUAUUUGCUCAGAGCUGUACUAUAGUUGCUAUGCAUUGACUUCAAUGUCGGUCUACAAUUUAUCUUGUUUUUAUUGGCAUAGAAUAGAUUAAAAUCCUAAAGAUUAGUGAGUAAUUGCUCUUUCCCUUUUCUGAGGCAAUCUAUAUGAAAUAAACCAUCUCAUGAAUUGUACAAUGGCAACCAUAAUGUAUUGGAACGUUUUGAAACGGUUAGUUGUACGGAUAAUCAGCGUUAUUGUUUAAGCCAUAAUGUUUUGAAAUGCAUUUUACAUUUUAAGUUUAUGCACAUUACACACUUCUUUUGUUUUAGAAAUACAAGCCAUGUGAAACUAGACAAUGCUGCACUAUUUUUGUUGUAUUUAUUCCAUUUUCUUCUUAGCGAUCAUUUUACAUUUUUUGCACAUGUAAAACAGAUUUGUUAGUCAUAUGGAUACAUCAAUACAACACGUAUGAAAUCAGAGUACAUACACAGUCAACACACAUUUCCACCUCGACGUCUUCAGUCUCCAUUUCGACAAGUCCAUACCUCCAUGCAGGAGUUUGCUGUCUGAAACACUUAAUUGUGUGUGACUAACCAGGGUUGGUGUCAAUUCAGAACGUAAACCAAAUUCCAAUUCCGAAUGUUGUUAAUUGAGAAUUUGAUUUGUAAUUUCGGUUUACUUCCUGAAUUCAAAUGGAAUUGACCCCAACUCCGAUUCAAACUGACUUUAGACUUUUUAAAGAAGUUAUUUAUUGGUGACGUAAAUAUGUCAGACUCCUGUGAAUAGUGGUGUCAAGGAAGUGUUGUACUUUUUGCAGUGUGUUGUGGGAGCAGGGAACAUGUAUUUUUUUUUUAUAAACAAUUUUCCUAAAUUAA